AUGAAAGAAUUAACUUUCACCUUCAGCCUACUGGCUCUUGCUGCCUGUUUCACAUCCAGUUACAGCCAGAGAGCUCCCAGGAGACCCUAUGGACCAGCGCAGCCGCCACCCUACCUCCUGCCUCCCAGGCCAGGAAGAGCCCCACCAGGCUUCGCCCCUCCCUACGGCCACCCUUUUCCUCCCCCUUUUUACCCAAUGGGGGGCAUCCCUUACCCCCCUCCCUUCAGACCACAGCCCAUUCCAUCUCGACCCCUUCCAUCAAGCCCUGUGAGACAACCUCACCCUCUUCCAGUGUAUCCAAAUCCACUUUUUCCACAUGGAUCUUACCAUCCAGCACCUAUCCGGAGGCCAAAACCCUUAUAUCCAGAUCCUAAUCCUCCUCCCCCCAAGAAACCUCAGCCCACAGUUAAACCAGCCUCUAAACCUAGAACCACAACCCUUACCACUGCAGAACCUACCACCACUACAACAACUACCACCACUUCCACGGAACCCACCACCACAGCAACCACCACCACUUCCACAGAACCCACCACCACAGCAACCACCACCACUUCCACAGAACCCACCACCACAGCAACCACCACCACUUCCACAGAACCCACCACCACAGCAACCACCACCACUCCCAUAGAACCCACUACUGUAGUAACUACCACCACUUCCACGGAGCCCACCACAACAGCAACAACCACCACCCCCAUAGAACCCAAAAUAGUAGCAACUACCACCACUUCCACAGAACCCACCACAACAGCAACCACCACCUCUUCCACAGAACCCACCACCACUCCCAUAGAACCCACUACAGUAGCAACUACCACCACUCCCAUAGAACCCACUACAGUAGUAACUACCACCACUUCCAUGGAACCCAUUACAACAGAAACCACUAUCACUUCCACAGAACCCACCACCACAGCAACCACCACCACUCCCAUAGAACCCACUACAGUAGUAACUACCACAACUUCCAUGGAACCCAUUACAACAGAAACCACUAUCACUUCCACAGAACCCACCACCACGGCAAUCACCACCACUCCCAUAGAGCCCACUACAAUAGCAACUACCACCUCUUCCACAGAAGAACCCACCACCACAACCACCAUCACCACCACUUCCACAGAACCCACCAUCACAACCACCAUCACCACCACUUCCACAGAACCCACCAUCACAACCACCAUCACCACCACUUCCACAGAACCCAUCACCACAAUAGCAGAUACUACCUCAACAGAGCCCACAACAGCCACCAUCACUUCCACAAUUUCCACAGAGCCAACCAUCACCACAACAGAAGCCACCACCUCCUUAGCAAUACCUACCACUUCAUCAAUAGAUCUCACUACCACAGCAUCAGCAGCAACCACCUCAGCAUCUACCACAGCUGCUACUCAAAUUACCACUAACCCUCCCACUACCAUAUUGCCCAGAACCACGAUCCAAAUGACAACCCCCAAACAGACAACAAUCAAAAAAGCUUUAAAGGAUCUAUGGAAUAAAGUUGUUUCCUUUUUUGGUUGA